AUGGAUUAUACUGCUUUGAUUGCCUCUCAGGCUUUAAUCAGAGCCCAGCAAGACGCCACCGUUUGGAAGCCCGAUUCAUGCCAGAACUGCCGUUGCCAUGGUGACAUCGUUAUCUGCAAACCCGCCGUUUGCAGAAACCCUCGGUGUGCUUUUGAGAAGGGAGAAGUGCUUCAGAUUCCCGCCAACCAAUGCUGCCCAGAGUGUGUGCUGAGAUCUCCUGGAUCUUGCCGUCAUGAAGACAAAGUCCAUGAGCAUGGAACACAGUGGGCCUCUUCCCCAUGCAGCGUGUGCUCUUGCACCCACGGGGAAGUAAGGUGCACCCCCCAGCCUUGCCCACCGCUGUCCUGUAGACACCGCGAGCUGGAACUCACCCCUGACGGCAGCUGCUGCCCAGUCUGUGUGGGCCCUGGAAAACCCUGUUCCUAUGAAGGCCGUGUGUUUCAAGAUGGGGAGCACUGGCAUUUGAGCCGGUGUGCCAAGUGUGUGUGUAGAAAUGGGAUCGCCCAGUGUUUCACAGCUCAGUGUCAGCCUCUGUUUUGUAACCAGGGUGAAACUGUCGUCCGAGCCCCUGGAGAAUGCUGCCCACAGUGCUCUGCACGAUCCUGCCCCGUUGCUGGCCGAGUGUAUAAGCAUGGUGAGCAGUGGAGUGAAAAUGCCUGCACCACGUGUGUAUGUGACCAGGGCGAGGUCCGGUGUCAUAAACAGGCCUGCCCCCCGCUGAGAUGUGACAAGGGUCAGAGCAGGGCUCGCCAUCAUGGGCAAUGCUGUGAGGAGUGUGUGUCUCCUGCUGGAAGCUGCUCGUACAAUGGGAUCCUACGGUACCAGGAUGAAAUGUGGAAGGGCUCCACCUGUGAGUUUUGCAUGUGUGACCGAGGCCAAGUAACCUGCCAGGAUGGAGAGUGUGCCAAAGUGGAGUGUGCCCAGGGUGAAGAAUUAAUUCACUUGGAUGGAAAAUGCUGUCCUGAAUGCAUUUCAAGGAAUGGUUAUUGUGUUUAUGAAGAAAAGGCAGAAUUCAUAUCUCCCAGUAUGAGUGAAGUUAAACAUAUUCCAGAGGGGGAGAAGUGGGAAGAUGGUCCCUGUAGGAUGUGUGAAUGCCGGGCAGCUCAGGUGACUUGCUAUGAGCCCUCUUGCCCGCCAUGUCCAGUGGCCAUGCUAUCCCUGGCGGUGAAGGGACAGUGCUGUCCAGACUGCACAGCAGUUCAUUGCCACCCAGACUGUUUGACCUGCUCUCACUCUCCGGACCACUGUGACCUCUGCCAGGAUCCCACCAAGUUGCUGCAGAAUGGACGCUGUGUGCACAGCUGUGGACUGGGCUUCUACCAAGCUGGCAGUCUCUGUUUAGCCUGCCAGCCUCAAUGCUCCACGUGUACCAGUGGGCUGGAGUGCUCCUCCUGCCAGCCGCCGCUACUGAUGCGGCGUGGACAGUGUGUGGCCACCUGUGGGGACGGCUUCUAUCAAGACCGCCACUCCUGUGCAGCCUGCCAUGAGUCCUGCGCAGGCUGCUGGGGGCCGACGGAGAAGCACUGCCUGGGCUGCCGGGACCCCCUGCACGUGCUGAGGGAGGGCAGCUGUGAGAGCAGCUGCGGCGAAGGCUUCUACCACAAGCAGGGCACCUGUCACGCUUGUGAGCAGUCCUGUAAGAGCUGUGGCCCCAGUAGUCCCAGAUGCCUCACCUGUGCUGAGAAGACUGUGUUGCACGAUGGGAAAUGCAUUUCGGAAUGCCCUGGCGGGUACUAUGCUGACCUGAGCGGCAAGUGCAAAGUUUGUCAUAAGUCAUGUGCCAGCUGCUCUGGGCCCACAGCCUCUCACUGCACAGCUUGCGUGCACCCCCAGGCUCUGCAUCAAGGCCACUGUCUGUCCAGCUGUGCAGAAGGCUUCUACGCUGACCACGCAAUCUGCAAAGCCUGUCAUCCCUCCUGCCUGGCUUGUGUGGGUCCUGAGCGCUCUCAGUGCACCAGGUGUGCGAAGCCAGAGCAGGGCCUGCAAGUCCAGCAGCUUUCUGGGGCCCAGGUCCCCUCUGGGGAAUGUCUGUCCCCAUGCAGAGCCCACUUCUACUUGGAGAGCACUGGACUGUGUGAAGCCUGCCACCAAUCCUGCUUCAGCUGUGCAGGAAAGAGCCCACAGAACUGCACAGUCUGCAGGCCGUCCCAUGUGCUGUUGGAUGGGCAGUGCCUCUCUCAGUGCCCAGAUGGCUACUUCAACCAGGAAGGUACUUGCACAGAAUGCCACCCAACCUGCAGGCAGUGCCGUGGGCCUUCUGCGUCCGACUGCCUCUCCUGUCACCCUCACAUCACGCUCGCGAGUGGGAUCUGCAGAGCCAGCUGCAAGGAAGAGCAGUUCCUCAACCUCGUGGGAUACUGUGCUGACUGCCACCCUCUGUGCCAGCACUGUGUCGCGGAUCUCCACAGCCCCGGGAGCAUCUGCCUGGCCUGCCAGAACACCCGCCACCUGCUGCUCGGGGACCACUGUGUCCCUCAGUGCCCUUCAGGAUACUAUGCAGAGAAAGGAGCUUGUACAAGAUGCCACUCCUCCUGCAGAACCUGCCAGGGCGGAGGGCCUUUCUCCUGCUCCUCGUGUGACAACAACCUCGUUCUGUCCCACAUUGGCACCUGUAGCGCCACCUGCUUCCCUGGACAUUAUCUCGAUGACAACCGUGCUUGCCAGCCAUGUGACGGGCAUUGUCGGAGCUGUGACUCACAGGCCAGCUGUACCUCCUGCCGAGACCCCAGCAAGGUGCUGCUCUUUGGGGAAUGCCAGUAUGAGAGCUGUGCCCCUCAGUACUACCUGGAUGUCACCACCAAGACAUGCAAAGAGUGUGAUUGGAGUUGCAAUGCGUGCACUGGGCCUCUGAGGACAGACUGCCUGCAGUGCAUGGACGGCUACGUUCUCCAGGAUGGUGCCUGCGUGGAGCAAUGCUUGCCAUCAUUUUACCAGGACGGGGGCUUCUGCAAGAGCUGUGACAGCCACUGUCUCCAGUGCCAAGGUCCUCAUGAGUGCACCCGCUGUGAAGGGCCAUUUCUCCUUUUGGAAGCCCAUUGUGUCCAGGACUGUGGGAAGGGCCAUUUUGCAGAUCACGCAAAACACCAGUGUACAGCCUGCCCUCGGGCGUGCUUGCAGUGCAGCCGCGGGGACCGAUGUCAUGUCUGUGACCAUGGGUUCUCUCUGAGAAGUGGCCUCUGUGUUUCCAACUGCGUUCCUGACUUCUCCGCCCACUCCUCUAAUGAAACAUGUGCUGGCAAGGUGCACACCCCCAGUCUGCACGUGAAUGGUUCCCUGGCCCUGGCCAUUGGCUCAAUGAAGGCGCUGGACUUUUCCCUCCUGAAUGUGCAGCACCAGGAGGGCAGGGUGCAGGACCUCCUGUUCCACGUAGUAAGCACUCCCACCAACGGGCAGCUGGUGCUCGCAAGAAAUGGCAAAGAGGCUCAGCUGGACAAGGCUGGCCGUUUUGGCUGGCAAGAUGUGAACGAGAAGAAAGUGCGCUUUUUGCACAGCAAGGACAAACUCAGGAAAGGUUACUUUUCACUGAAAAUCAGUGACCAGCAGUUCUUCUCUGAGCCACAACUGAUCAACAUACAAGCAUUUUCAACCCAGGCCCCCUACGUGCUGAGAAACGAGGUUCUCCACGUUAGCAGAGGACAGCGGGCAACCAUCACCACCCGGCUGCUUGACAUCCGAGAUGAUGACAACCCUCAGGAUGUGGUGGUGGAAGUGCUGGAUCCUCCGCUUCAUGGCCAAUUGCUCCAAACCCUUCAGUCCCCUGCCAGCCCUCUCUAUCAAUUCCGGCUGGAUGAACUCUCCAGAGGUCUUCUCCACUACGUCCAUGACGGCUCAGAGAGCACCUCUGAUGCUGCGGUCCUGCAGGUCAGCGACGGACACUCCUUCCAAAACAUCCUGUUCCGCGUGAAGACUGUGCCCCAGGAUGACAGAGGUCUGCGGCUCGUGGCCAACGCCAUGGUGUGGGUGUCGGAAGGGGGGAUGCUGCAGAUUACCAGCCGAAUUCUGCAGGCCGAGGCUGCGGGGACCAGCGCUGAAGAAAUCAUCUACAAGAUUGCGGAGGAUGACCCCCACUUUGGGGAUGUGGUCCUCCUGGUGAACAUGCCUGCAGACAGCCCGGCCGAGACAGGGCAGCACCUGCCCGAUGGGAGGACAGCUACCCCCACCAGCACCUUCACCCAGCAAGACAUCAAUGAAGGCAUAGUGUGGUACAGGCAUUCUGGAGCCCCAGGCCAGAGCGACUCCUUCCGCUUCCAGGUGUCCAGUGCUACAGAUGCGCAGGCCCACUUGGAGAGCCGCACGUUCAACAUCGCGAUCUUGCCGCAGACGCCGGAAGCGCCCCACCUCUCUGUGGGGACGUCUCUCCAUAUGACAGCACGGGAAGAUGGCCUGACCGUCAUCCAACCUCAUUCCCUCUCCUUUGUUAACUCUGAAAAGCCAAGUGGGAAGAUUGUAUACAACAUUACCCUCCCUCUGCCCCCAAAUCAAGGACUCAUCGAGCACCGGGACCAGCCUCAGGUUCCCAUCCGGUAUUUCACGCAGGAAGAUAUUAACCAGGGCAAAAUCCUGUACCGUCCUCCCGCUGCAGCCCCGCACCUGCAGGAGAUCAUGGCCUUCUCCUUCGCUGGCCUGCCAGAGUCAGUAAAGUUUCAUUUCACAGUUUCGGAUGGAGAGCACACAGGUCCGGAGCUGGUCCUCACCAUUCACUUACUUCGCACUGAUCGGCAGCCUCCCGUCUUCCAGGUCACGGCUCCCCUGCUUCGGGUCAGCCCAGGAGGCAGCACUUCUCUAGGGCUUCGGUCGGUGGUGGGAGCUGCUGAGACCGCAGCUGAAGACCUCUUCUUCGAGCUCCGGAGGCCUCCCGCGCAUGGGGUGCUCCUUAAGCACACAGCUGAGUUCCAGGGGCCCAUGGCCACAGGUGACACUUUCACUCAGGAGGAAAUGGAGAAAAAUGCUGUGCAGUACGUGCACGAUGGCUCCUCCGCCCAGGAAGACAGCAUGGAGAUCUCAGUCACAGAUGGCCUCGCAGCCAUGACGUUGGAAGUGAGAGUGGAGGUGUCACCGUCUGAGGCCCGAAGACCUCAGCUGGCUGCGGCUUCCUCUCUGAGCAUCACCGUUGCUAGUCAACGAACAGCCGUGAUCACCAGGGCGCACCUUGCGUACAUGGAUGAUUCUUCGCCUGAUUCUGAGAUCUGGAUUCAGUUACAUUCUCUGCCCACAUAUGGCUCUCUCUUAAAAACCUCAGGAUCUGAGGUGGAGGAACUCUCAGAGGCUUCCAAUUUCACAAUGGAAGACAUCAACAAUAAGAACAUCAGGUACUCGGCUGUGUUUGAGACAGAUGGCCGUCUGGUUACUGACAGCUUCCAGUUUUCCGUGUCUGAUGCAGACCACAACCAUCUGGACAAUCAGAUGUUCACCAUCCUGAUCACUCCUGCUGAGAAUCCACCCCCAGUCAUUGCUUUUGCUGACCUCAUCACGGUUGAGGAGGGAGGGAGAGCCCCCCUCUCAUUUCACCAUUUCUUUGCCACUGAUGAUCAGGAUAACCUCCAAGGAGAUGCUGUCAUUAAACUAAGUGCCUUGCCCAAAUACGGCUGCAUCGAGAACACCGGCACAGGUGAUCGUUUUGGCCCAGGAACUACCAGUGACCUAGAGGCAUCGUUCCCUAUCCAAGAUGUCUUGGAAAAUUCCAUUUACUAUUUCCAGAGUGUUCAUGAAAGCAUUGAGCCAACCCAUGAUAUUUUUAGUUUUUAUGUGAGUGAUGGAACCAGUCGUUCAGAAACUCACAGCAUCAACAUCACCAUUGAGAGGAGGAAUGAUGAGCCACCGAGAAUGACCUUGCGGCCACUCAGCGUGCACCUGAGCUCAGGAGUGGUGAUAAGCAAUUCUUCUUUGAGCCUACAAGACCUGGACACUCCAGAUAAUGAGCUGAUCUUUGUAUUGACAAAGCUGCCUGACCACGGUCAUCUUCUGCGGAGACUUAGUGCUUCUGAGCCCCUAGAGAGUGGGAUGGUUUUGGUCCAGGGCUCUUCCUUUACCUACCAGGAUGUCCUGGCUGGGCUGAUUGGAUACCUGCUUAGCAACCCUGGAAUGGCAGUGGAUGAAUUCCAGUUCUCCCUCACUGAUGGCCUGCAUGUGGACAUGGGGAGGAUGGAGAUCCACGUGGAGCUUCCUACCAGUGUUUCUCCCCACUUGGUUAUCAACCGAGGCCUACAGCUCUCAGCAGGGUCUGUAGCACGCAUCACAGAACAGCACUUGAAAGUGACAGAUGCCGACUCAGAUGACCUUCAGGUUAUGUACAUCAUGAAAGAAGAUCCUGGCAUAGGGCACCUGCAGAUGGUUAAACAGGACAACCUGCAGCAAAUCUCUGUGAGAGGGCCCCUCCGAAGUUUCACGCAGGCAGACAUUAGCCAAGGACUAAUAGAAUACAGUCACGGAGCAGGAGAGCCUGGUGGGAACUUCGCUUUUACAUUUGAUGUGGUUGAUGGCGAAGGCAACAGAUUGAUGGACCAGUUAUUUUCCAUCAGUGUUGGAGAUCACAAAUCCCCACCUGUCAUCAUCACCAACAAAGGGCUGGUCUUGGAUGAAAACUCAGUGAAGAAAAUCACCACCCUGCAGCUCUCUGCCACCGACCUGGACAGCGAGCCUACAGAACUGGUCUACAGAAUAAUUAGGCAGCCCCAGCUGGGCCGCCUGGAACACACCACGUCACCAGGUCUCCAGCUUAGUUCCUUUACUCAAGCUGACCUGACGUCCCGCAAUGUCCAGUACGUCCAUUCCAGCGAGACUGAGCAGCAGUCGGAUGCCUUCACCUUUACGCUGAGCGAUGGCGUCAGUGAGGUGACGCAGACAUUCCACAUCACCCUCCACCCCGUGGAUGACUCGCUGCCGGUUGUGCAGAACUCGGGGAUGCGAGUGCAGGAGGGGGUGAGGAAGACGAUCACAGAGUUUGAGCUCCAGGCGGUGGAUGCGGACACCGAGGCAGAGUCUGUGCUGUUCACUGUCGUGCAGCCCCCACGCCACGGCAGCAUCGAGCGGACCUCCAGGGGGCAGCACUCCCACCUGGCCUCCACCUUCACCAUGGAAGACAUCUACCAGAAGCGCGUGAGCUACAGCCAUGAUGGGAGCAACUCCCUCCGAGACUGGUUCAGCUUCACUGUUUCUGAUGGCACAAACCCAUUCUUUAUCGUCGAGGAAGGAGGGAGAGAGAUCCGGACGGCGGCACCUCAGCAGUUCCGAGUAGACAUCCUGCCAGUAGAUGAUGGCACCCCUAGAAUUGUCACCAACCUGGGCCUCCAGUGGCUGGAGUAUAUGGAUGGCAAGGCAACCAACUUGAUCACCAAGAAGGAACUGCUGACCAUGGACCCAGACACAGAGGACCCGCAGCUUGUCUAUGAGAUAACCAUGGGCCCCAGGCAUGGCUACGUGGAGAACAAGCUGCAGCCUGGCCGAGCUACCACGACGUUUACCCAGGAGGAUGUGAACUUGGGGUUGAUUCGUUACGUGUUGCAGGAAGAGAAGAUCCAUGAGAUGAUGGACAGUUUCCAGUUCCUGGUGAAAGACAGUAAACCCAACGUGGUCAGCGACAAUGUCUUCCAUAUCCAGUGGUCCCUCAUCAGCUUUAAAUAUACCAGCUACAACGUCAGUGAGAAGGCGGGGUCUGUGAGUGUUACCGUGCAGAGGACUGGGAACCUGAACCAGUAUGCCAUCAUCCUGUGUCGUACUGAGCAAGGCACUGCGAAAUCCAGCUCCAGGGUUGGCUCCCAGCCUGGACAGCAGGACUACGUGGAGUAUGCUGGCCAGGUGCAGUUUGACGAACGAGAGGACACCAAGUCCUGCACCAUUGUCAUCAACGAUGAUGACGUGUUUGAGAAUGUUGAGAGUUUCACUGUGGAGCUCAGCAUGCCAGCGUACGCCCUCUUAGGGGAGUUCACCCAGGCGAAGGUCAUUAUCGAUGACACUGAGGACGAACCCACAUUAGAGUUUGAUAAGAAGACCUACCGGGUCAACGAGAGUGCUGGUUUUCUGUUUGCACCUAUUGAAAGAAAAGGAGAUUCGAGCAGCAUCGUGUCUGCAGUUUGCUACACGGUGCCUAAAUCGGCUCUGGGAAGCAGCCUCCACGCUUUAGAAUCGGGCUCUGAUUUUAAAUCCAGAGGGAGGACUGCUGAGAGUCGGGUGAUAUUUGGGCCUGGUGUGACCAUGUCCACCUGUGACGUCAUGCUCAUCGACGACAGCGAGUAUGAAGAGGAAGAGGAAUUUGAGAUUGCCCUGGCCGAUGCUUCCGACAAUGCCCGCAUCGGAAGGGUGGCGACUGCCAAGGUGCUCAUCAGCGGUCCCAAUGAUGCCUCCACGGUCUCCCUGGGCAACACAGCCUUCACUGUCAGUGAGGAUGCAGGCACAGUAAAGAUUCCGGUUAUCCGCCAUGGAACCGACCUCUCCACUUUUACGUCUGUCUGGUGCGCCACGCGACCCUCGGACCCAGCUUCUGCCACUCCAGGUGUCGACUACGUGCCCAGCUCUAGGAAGGUGGAGUUUGGACCUGGUGCCACUGAGCAGCAUUGCACCUUGACUAUCUUGGAUGAUACUCAGUAUCCAGUCAUUGAGGGACUGGAGACAUUCGUGGUUUUCCUCAGCUCAGCACAAGGAGCCGAACUGACCAAACCCUUCCAGGCUGUCAUUGCGAUUAAUGACACAUUCCAAGAUGUGCCCAGCAUGCAGUUUGCCAAGGAUCUACUCCUGGUGAAGGAGAAGGAGGGCGUCCUGCACGUUCCUAUUAUACGGAAUGGAGACCUGAGCUAUGAGUCCUCUGUGAGGUGCUAUACUCAGAGCCAUACGGCUCAGGUCAUGGAGGAUUUUGAGGAGAGAAGAAAUGCGGACUCUUCCCGGAUCACAUUUCUGAAAGGGGAGAAGGUGAAGAACUGUACUGUCUACAUCCAUGACGAUUCCAUGUUUGAGCCAGAGGAGCAGUUCAAGGUCUACCUUGGCCACCCUCUUGGAAACCACUGGAGUGGAGCUAGAGUCGGAAAGAAUAACAUGGCCACCAUCACCAUAUCCAACGAUGAAGAUGCCCCCACCAUAGAGUUCGAAGAAGCUGCAUACCAAGUCCGGGAACCUGCAGGACCAGAUGCCAUUGCAAUUCUCAACAUCAAGGUGAUCCGCAGAGGGGAUCAGAACAGGACCUCCAAGAUUCGCUGUAGCACGCGUGAUGGGUCUGCCCAGUCUGGUGUGGAUUAUUACCCAAAGAGCCGAGUCUUAAAGUUCAAUCCUGGUGUGGAUCAUAUCUUUUUUAAAGUCGAGAUCCUGUCCAACGAAGACCGGGAGUGGCACGAAUCGUUCUCUCUAGUCCUCGGUCCGGAUGACCCAGUGGAAGCAGUACUUGGGGACGUGACCACUGCCACGGUGACAAUUCUAGACCAGGAGGCAGCAGGAAGUCUCAUACUGCCAGCACCACCCAUUGUGGUCACCCUUGCUGACUACGACCAUGUGGAAGAGGUCUCCAAGGAUGGAGCCAAGAAAUCGCCUUCCCCAGGCUACCCCCUGGUCUGUGUCACCCCCUGUGACCCCCACUUCCCCCGAUACGCUGUCAUGAAGGAGCGCUGCAGUGAGGCGGGCAUCAAUCAGACAUCCGUGCAGUUCAGCUGGGAAGUGGCCGCCCCCACGGACGGCAAUGGGGCCCGGUCGCCCUUUGAGACCGUCACUGACAACACGCCGUUCACCAGUGUCAACCACAUGGUCCUGGAUAGCAUUUACUUCAGCCGGAGGUUCCACGUGCGUUGUGUGGCAAAAGCUGUGGACAAGGUGGGCCACGUGGGGACCCCCCUAAGGAGCAACAUUGUGACCAUUGGAACAGACAGUGCAAUCUGCCACACCCCAGUGGUGGCUGGGACAGCCAGAGGCUUCCAGGCUCAGUCCUUCAUCGCGACUUUGAAAUACCUGGAUGUCAAACACAAGGAGCAUCCAAACAGGAUCCACAUUUCGGUGCAGAUCCCACACCAGGACGGAAUGCUGCCCCUCGUGUCCACCAUGCCACUGCACAACUUGCACUUCCUGUUAUCUGAGUCCAUCUACAGGCACCAGCAUGUCUGCUCCAACUUAGUCACCACCCACGACCUCAGAGGUAUCUCAGAGGCAGGGUUCCUGGACGACGUGGCCUAUGACAGCACUGCCCUGGGUCCUGGCUAUGACCGCCCCUUCCAGUUUGACCCCAGCGUGCGAGAGCUGAAGACCAUCCAGCUCUACAAGCACCUCAACCUGAAGAGCUGCGUGUGGACCUUUGACGCCUAUUAUGACAUGACUGAGUUGAUCGACGUCUGUGGGGGCUCCGUGACUGCUGACUUUCAGGUGAGGGACUCGGCUCAGUCCUUCCUGACCGUGCAUGUGCCCCUCUACGUGUCCUACAUCUAUGUGACCGCCCCCCGCGGCUGGGCCUCCUUGGAGCACCACACCGAGAUGGAGUUUUCCUUCUUCUACGACACCGUUCUCUGGAGAACAGGAAUCCAGACGGACAGCGUGCUCUCUGCAAGGCUGCAGAUAAUAAGAAUCUAUAUUCGAGAAGAUGGUCGUCUCGUCAUUGAAUUCAAGACCCAUGCCAAGUUCAGAGGGCAGUUUGUGAUGGAGCACCACACUCUCCCAGAUGUGAAAUCUUUCAUCCUGACUCCCGACCACCUGGGAGGAAUUGAGUUUGACCUGCAGCUGUUGUGGAGUGCACAGACCUUUGAUUCUCCCUACCAACUCUGGAGAGCCACAAGCUCCUACAACAGGAAGGACUACUCGGGGGAAUACACCAUCUACCUGAUCCCUUGUACGGUGCAGCCCACACAGCCGUGGGUUGACCCAGGCGAGAAGCCUUUGGCCUGUACUGCACAUGCUCCAGAAAGAUUCCUGAUACCCAUUGCGUUCCAGCAGACCAACCGCCCUGUGCCUGUAGUAUAUUCGCUCAACACUGAAUUUCAGCUCUGCAAUAACGAGAAGGUGUUCCUGAUGGAUCCCAACACCUCUGACAUGUCCCUGGCAGAGAUGGACUACAAAGGAGCCUUCUCUAAAGGUCAGAUCCUCUAUGGCCGAGUACUUUGGAAUCCAGAACAAAACCUUAAUUCUGCUUACAAGCUGCAGCUGGAGAAAGUCUACCUGUGCACCGGCAGGGAUGGCUACGUGCCUUUCUUUGAUCCCACGGGGACUGUCUACAACGAAGGGCCACAGUAUGGAUGCAUUCAGCCCAACAAACACCUAAAACACAGAUUCCUGCUCUUGGACCGCAGUCAGCCAGAGGUCACAGAUAAGUACUUCCACGACGUACCUUUUGAGGCCCACUUUGCUUCCGAGCUGCCCGAUUUCCAUGUGGUCAGCAGCAUGCCAGGUGUGGAUGGCUUCACUCUCAAAGUCGACGCCCUCUACAAGGUGGAGGCAGGACACCAGUGGUAUCUCCAGGUGAUCUACAUUAUUGGCCCUGACACCAUCACAGGGCCCCGGGUCCAGCGCUCUCUCACAGCCACCCUGAGGCGCCACCGAAGGGACCUGGUGGACCCCAGUGGCCAACUGACCCUUGACGAUUCCCUCAUCUAUGACAAUGAAGGGGACCAAGUCAAGAAUGGCACGAACAUGAAGUCCCUGAAUCUGGAGAUGCAAGAACCUGUUGUGGCCGCUUCCCUGUCCCAGACUGGGGCGUCCAUUGGCAGUGCCCUGGCUGCCAUCAUGCUCCUACUUCUGGUGUUUUUGGUGGCUUGUUUUAUCACCAGGAAAUGCCAGAAACAGAGGAAGCAACAACCAGCAGAGGACAUUUCGGAGGAAUACCCUCUGAAUACCAAGGUGGAGGUGCCCAAGAGGAACCCGGACAGGGUGGAGAAGAACGUGAACAGACAAUACUGCACCGUGCGGAACGUCAACCUGCUCAGUGACGCACAGGGGGUAUACACGUUCAAGGGGGCUAAAGUGAAGAAACUGAAUCUAGAAGUCAGAGUCCACAACAACCUACAAGACGGAACGGAAGUUUAA